GUAUUAAUGUUAAGAUGAUGGGUUUAUUUUGGAAGGCUCUAGAUUUGGCAGCCCUUGCUACUGAGCAUGCACAAUUCAAGGACUGGUGGUGGAAAGUCCAAAUUGGGAAGUGCUACUAUAGGUUGGGAUUAUAUCGUGAAGCCGAAAAACAAUUUAAGUCAGCUCUCAAGCAACAGGACAUGGUUGAUACAGUCUUGUAUUUGGCAAAAGUGUAUUUGCGCUUGGAUCAGCCUGUAACAGCUUUAAACCUUUUCAAGCAAGGGUUAGAUCGAUUUCCUGGAGAAGUGACUCUUAUUUGUGGAAUUGCCAGAAUCCAUGAGGAAAUGAACAAUAUCUCCUUGGCUGCAGACUACUAUAAAGAUGUCUUAAAACAGGACAAUACUCACGUGGAAGCCAUUGCAUGCAUUGGCAGUAACCAUUUUUAUUCAGACCAGCCCGAGAUAGCCCUGCGGUUUUACAGACGGCUCUUACAGAUGGGUGUAUAUAACUGCCAGCUUUUUAACAAUCUGGGCCUUUGUUGCUUCUAUGCCCAGCAAUAUGACAUGACACUAUCUUCAUUUGAACGUGCGCUGUUUUUGGCUGAAAAUGAGGAGGAGACAGCAGAUGUGUGGUACAACCUGGGACACGUGGCUGUGGGCAUAGGAGACCUGAAUCUGGCUUACCAGUGUUUCAAGCUAACGUUAGUCAACAAUAACGACUAUGCGGAAGCUUACAACAACUUGGCUGUGCUGGAAAUGCGGAAAGGUCACACUGAACAGGCAAGAGCUUUGCUGCAGACUGCUUCGUCUUUAGCACCUCAUAUGUAUGAGCCCCAUUUCAAUUUUGCAAUACUCUCAGAGAAGGUUGGAGAUCUUCAGAGGAGUUACACUGCUGCUCAGAAGUCAGAAGAAGCAUUUCCAGGCCAUGUUGAUACACAGCAGCUCAUCAAAGAGUUAAAACAGCACUUUGCUAUGCUCGGAUGAGGGUAUUUUUUGUUACGUAACGACGGUUAGCCAGAGCAAAUGUCCCAGACAUCUUUCUGAAAAUACUAGCUC